AUGUCUCAAGUUCCCCCAGAGGUCCUCAUUCAUAUCCUCAAACACCUCCAUACUCCCAGGGAUCUCUAUCAUUCAUUACUAGUUUCGCGCUCAUGGUGCGAAUGCUCAGUUGAGCUACUAUGGCACCGCCCUACUUUCACCAGGCUUUCCACCCUCGUGAAAAUGAUGAGGGUCCUUAGUAGAGGCGACCAGACUUUCACUUACAGUCGCUUCAUCCGCCGUCUCAAUUUCCUAUUCCUCGGUGCCGACCUUACCGACGCCCUUUUCUCCCGCUUAGCGCAGUGCGACCACUUGGAGCGCUUGACGCUCGUAAAUUGCAACUCUAUCUCCGAAGAGGCCCUUCUUCGCGUACUGCCUUGCCUACCGAAUCUGGUCGCUAUUGAUCUCACAGGAGUCGUCGAAACUUCAGAUCAAAUCAUCAUCGGCCUGGCAUCAGCUGCUAGACGCCUACAAGGCAUCAAUCUCGCAGGAUGCAGACUGGUUACCGACGCCGGCGUGUAUGCGCUAGCUUCCAGCUGUCCCCUUCUCCGUCGCGUCAAACUCAGUGGCGUUGAUCAGGUCACAGACGGUCCUGUUUCAGCUCUUGCCAAGUCUUGCCCCCUCCUUCUGGAGAUUGACUUGAAUAAUUGCAAACGCAUUACAGAUAUCUCUGUCCGCGACAUAUGGACCUACUCUACACAUAUGCGUGAAAUGAGGUUAUCCCAGUGCGUCGAGCUCACCGAUGCCGCCUUCCCAGCGCCAGUCAAGCCUCAGGUCACCCCGCGGAAUAACCCUUUCCCAGCCGCUCCUCUGAGCCAAGAUGAAGGGAUUCCGCCUUUAGUGAUCCCAAGGCCCUUGGAUCACCUUCGCAUGCUAGAUUUGACGGGCUGCGCGCUUAUCACGGAUGAUGCUGUUGACGGGAUUAUUUCCCAUGCCUCAAAAAUCCGGAACCUCGUUCUCUCGAAAUGCAUCCAAUUGACGGAUAGGACUGUAGAGAAUAUUUGUGUUCUCGGCAAGCAUCUGCACUAUUUGCAUCUCGGACAUGCGGCCAACAUCACGGACCGCUCAAUUAAGACGCUUGCACGGUGCUGCACCCGCCUGCGUUAUGUUGACUUUGCAAACUGCGUUCUUCUGACUGACAUGUCCGUCUUCGAGCUCUCCAGCUUACCUAAGCUCAGAAGAAUUGGUCUUGUGCGCGUCAGCAAUCUGACAGACGAGGCAAUAUACGCUCUUGCUGAGCGACACAGUACUCUAGAACGCAUUCAUCUUUCCUACUGCGAUCAAAUAUCGGUCAUGGCCGUUCACUUCCUACUGCAAAAGCUCCACAAGCUCACUCAUCUGAGCUUGACGGGUAUCCCUUCUUUCAGAAAACCCGAGUUGCAACAGUUCUGUCGUCAACCUCCGCAGGAGUUCAAUAUGAGCCAAAGGAUGGCUUUUUGCGUCUACUCGGGCAGCGGCGUUGCUAAACUGAGAAGCUUCUUGACGGACUUAUUCAAUACGAUCACGGAAGAUAUGAACGCUGACGAUGAUGAAACGGAGUACGACGACGACUUUGACGAAGGAUUCGUUGAAGGUGCCAUGGAUGCUGAUAUGGAGGGUGGAAUGGAUGGCGAUGUUGACGAAGACUUUAUGCACGAUGGAAGAUAUAACUUCCACCAUGCGCCCCAUCCAGCUUCCUCCACACUCCGCAUGAGUCACCCAGAAAUUAUCACUCCUAUCUCGCAGCACCCCGAGCUUGCGAUGCAGCGUGAUAUGACCUUGCGGCCAGGCCAUGUCCCCAUUGCCUCAGCUCCAGCUGUGUUCUCUGCUAACAGUCCACCGCCGCCUGCGUCAUAUGCUUUUAAUCUGCAACCCGUAGCGGGGCCGUCCAAUCCCGUUAUGAGACGAUCUCGCAUGUUUGGUUACCAGCCCGUCGUUGAGACUUCCACUUCCCCCCCUCAGAGCGACGUCGCAUCCAAUCGCAGUACUGGUACACAAUCGAACGGGGCGGGUUUUUUCCGUACAUACCAAGAGCCGACAUCUUCUGCUAGAAGUAAUGGCGCCAUAACUCCCGAUUACAACUUUGCGGAGAUAGGUCAUGGUCGGGGCACAGAGCAUGAUAAUAUCGAUCAUAUCGGUCCACCACCUCAUCAGUUGGCAAGACACAGUUUUACCCCGACGGCGUCGUUCAAUGCCGCUGCGGGGCCUUCGACCCAGGGCAUCACCCAAGUGAUGCACUCGGCGAAUUUUGAUUUCCGCCUCGGACAAAACCCCGAACGUCACACUUUGAUGACAGACCAAGCAAAGAUGACUAAUAACUACUAUCUAACCCCGGCCGGGGGAUCUUCCGACCGCCUCGUGCCAUGGCCUCCCAUGCGCACUGAGCCCAUGUACGAUAUUCCGUCGCACAGCAGCCAGGAGCUACAGGAAUCCGUUCAGGCUGCUCUCAGCCCUCCGACAGACCCCCGUGAUUCUGAAGGAAGAGGCAGGAGUGUCAAGAGAAGCCUUCGAAACACCUUUCACGCUGCUGAGCAUUUUUUCUUCGGCCGCGGGUCGAAUUCGAAUGGGCAGGUCCCUGAUUCGAACGUCCCAAACGCCUGGGCCCAAGGGAAUGUAAAUAGCACUGGCGAUACAGCUGGGAAUGGCGGUCAGCCUCGUUAA